AUGUCAGCAGAUCACUCCAGAGACCCCUGUCCUGUUGUCAUCCUCAGCGACUUCGGUGGUGCCUUCGCCAUGGGUGUCAUCGGUGGGUGCGUAUGGCACGGGAUCAAGGGUUUCAGAAACUCGCCUAUGGGCGAACGCCACCUGGGCGCGGUCAGCGCGAUCAAGGCGCGCGCGCCCGUUGUGGGCGGCAACUUCGGCGUCUGGGGUGGGCUUUUCUCCACGUUCGACUGCGCGGUCAAGGCCGUGCGUAAGCGGGAGGAUCCCUGGAACGCCAUCAUCGCAGGCCUUUUCACCGGUGGCUCGCUGGCGAUCAGAGGUGGCUGGAGACACACCAGAAACAGCGCCAUCAUGUGCGGCUGUUUGCUAGGUGUCAUGGAAGGUGUUGGUCUGAUGUUCCAGAGAUACGCCGCCUGGCAGGCCAAGCCCAUGGCACCACCACUGCCGGAGCCACAGCAGGCUACCCCACUGGGAGCAUGA